AUGGCAGAAUCAUUCUGGUGUCCGCCUAAGGCGAACCACUACUUUCCUGCCUUGAAUGCUGCCACUGCUCACGGCUCGUCCUUUGAGAUGCAGACCACGAACGGCCAUGCAAUAUCUUCAGCAGGUGGCAUUUACCGCCUGUGCUGGUGCGCAUGGGGUUUCAACUGCCAGUUGCCUCGGCAUUUUCAAGCAGAUGCAGGAGCCAUGACAAUAAUCGGACCUAGUCCUCAGUAUCAGGAUCGCACAUGUGUGUCCGGCCAGCCGUGCUUUGCCUACAACAUCACGGGCCAAGACCUCGGCAAUGGGGACCGCUUCAUGGUCUUAGAGACCUGUGGCCUGUUCACGGCCCCACGACGUUUCACAGGCGGGGGCGUCUCGGAUUUGAUGUCCGAGAAUGGAACACUUGCAACUUGGGGCCAGGAGCCCACUUGCAUGGAGCCCUACAACUUCGAUUGUCGUGGAGUUCGACCUACCAGCCAGGGCGGCAAUUUCAGGCUCUGUUGGUGCGCGCACAACUACACCUGCUCCCUGGCGAGCGAUUUCCGGGUUGACAUUGGGCACUUGUCCUUCCUGGGUCCAUACCCUCUCACGAACAGCAGGACUUGUGUUGCAGGCCAACCCUGCGCCUUUUCCGGCAUCGAGGGGCAUUACACACAAGACGGCGAUAAGCUCAUGGCUCUGGACACUUGCGCUCAUCCAGAAACGCUCCAGCUCAUUCAGAGCUCGGAUAAGUGGGGCAUAUACAACCAACGUUUAGUUGCCGCGGGCCAAUACGGUUGGUUUGAUGGCCCUUCAAACAAUGCCUCCUCAAAUGGGUCGAGCUUUUUGUGGGGAGCCGUGGAUCAGGUCAUCACCAGCCCUGGGGGGUUGUAUCGAAUGUGUUGGUGCGCUGCAAACUACCCAUGUCUUGAAGCCAGGGACUUUCAGACGGAUGUUGGGGAGCUGAAUGUCAUCGGGCCCUUCCUGGAGCUUCCGGAUCCAACUGGCUUGCUGACCCUCGAGCAGCGCCUGCAGAGCUUCACUUGUACCACUAACGAGCCUUGCAGUGUUUCUGGACUUCAAGGUCAGUUUUUGAGCGAUGGUGAUCUGUUAAUGGUGAAGAGAGAUUGCAGUCCAGCUUGGGAGUUCAACUCCACCGUUCCAUACUGGCCAUCCAACACGUUUGUUUGGGGCAUUGCUGACCCUGGAAUAGUUGAGACCACUGUGAAUGGCAUCACCUACCAGACAUACAACUGGGCAGUCAUAGGAACGACGAGUGAGCGGGAAGUCCGGUCUGAGGGUGCUUACUACCGCUUAUGUUGGUGUGCUGCCGGCUACACGUGUGCAGACCCCAUUGACUUUGCUGUCGAUGCAGGGACCAUGAAAUUGAUUGGGCCACAUCACAAUCAGGCCAAAACUUGUUUCUCUGGUGCUGCCUGUACGGCCAGUUCUGUGACUGGCGUCGGCUUGAGCAAUGGAGACCGGACCAUGGUAUUGCGCUACUGCGACACCGACCUGUACAUUGCACGUUUCCCGAACGAAGGGUAUUCAGAUCCAGCCGUUGACAACGGCACCACCAUCACUUGGUCUGGUGCCGCCGCCACUCCCGUGACCUCCCCGGGCGGAUUCUACAAGCUUUGCUGGUGCGGAGCUUCUCAGACUUGCACGAGGAGCGGCUCGAACUUCAGGGUGGAGUACGGGCUCCUGUACAUUGUUGGACCAUCACCUUUGACUCAGAGCAAGACGUGCUUGAGCGGGGAGCUUUGCGCAGUCGAGGACUUUGCGGGCUAUGGCUUGAGCAGUGGCGACCGGAUGAUGAUCUCCAGCAACUGCGGUGAUCCAAAUGGAGUUAUUCCCAGGUUUCCAAACAUGGGCAUCUCAGGUCCGUCAACAAACAAUGGAACAACCUUUGUAUGGGACGACUACGUAACGGCUGGUGGAGGCAUUUAUUGGAUGUGCUGGUGUUCAAACAUGUACUCCUGCGAUCGAGCGGAUCUAUUCAAUGUGGAGUCUGGCUUGCUUACCCUACCCGGGCCGUACUUGGGACAGGAGCGCACAUGCCGGAGUGGCACGGAGUGUGGCUUUUCAACUUUGCGUGGGCUUGGCCUUGCAGACGGUGAUAGGAUCAUGAUCAUGAACCAGUGUGGAACAAAUUCAAUACUGCCAGGUUGGCCGGACAAUGGGGUGUCGGAUCCUGCCAUUUUUCAGGGUACAGAGUAUGCUUGGGGCAUCUCCAGUGGUGGGCUUCACGUCACCGGUGCCGGAGGCGAGUAUUCCAUGUGCUGGUGUUCGAUCUCUGCUCCAAACUGCUCCUCUGGAGAGUACUUCCGAACAGAGGUUGGCAUCAUGAAAAUGCUGGGCCCCGCCAUCGGUCAGAGAAAAUAUUGCACCAGUGGCCAAGUCUGCAGCAUCACCCAGUUUGGUGGAUAUGAGCUCCAAAACGGCGAUCGCAUCCUCAUCAGUCCCUCAUGCUUGCCCUCGAAUGCAUCAUACAUCGAGGGCUUUUCCAACAAUGGCAUCUCGGUUGGGACAGCCGGUGGCUCUCGGUUUGACUUUGAAGGCCGUCUCACAGCAUCGGGAGGUGUCUACGCCAUGUGUUGGUGUCCUUCAGGCUCCCCCUGCCAAUCACCGGACAAUUUCCAGGUGGAUACCGGGAAUCUGACGGUCAUCGGUCCAUUCCUGGAUCACCAGAAGACCUGCAUCUCCAGUCAGGUGUGCCGAUUCGAUGGAUUCCUCGGCCAGUCCCUGCUCAUCAGCGACCGGAUCACGGUCCUUGCAACUUGUGGAACAAGCUUCGUGCUGCCCAGGAUGCCCAACAGCGCCCUCUCCACGGAGCACUCCAACUUUGGCAACUCAGUCUCUUGGGGCCCACUGCGAGCUACGGCGCCAGGUGGACAGUACCGGCUUUGCUGGUGUGCAGCGACAUCGAAGUGCAGUUCCCCUACGGACUAUGUGGUGGACAGUGGCGAGCUCCACAUCAUCGGGCCAAAUCUGUAUCAAAUGCAGCAGUGUUAUCCAGGUGUCACGUGCAGCUUCGAGGACUUUUUGGGCUACGGGCUCCAGAAUGGUGAGAGAAUCAUGGUCUUGGAUGUCUGUGGAUUGGGAGCUGGAGUGCCCGGCUUUCCGAACGGUGCAAUCUCAAAUCUGGCCGUCAGCCAGGGAAUGCAGUAUGGCUGGGGAGAUGGUUCCAGCAGCACCGACUACUACCCUCUGAACACGUCCACCCCUGGCGGUUUCUAUCGGCUGUGCUGGUGUCCAGUCGGGUUGGAGACAUGUGACACUAGUCAAGACUUCAGGGUGGACGCAGGUGCACUGAUCGUCAAGGGCCCUUUUGCUCAGGUCAAUACCUUGUGCGCUGCUGGCCAGACUUGCACACUUGGUCCCUGGGAUGGUGCAUUGCUUGCACUGUCAGAUCGUGUGCUAAUCAUCCCCGAUGGCGCGACCUGCGGACAGAGUGCAGCUGACGUGCAGAUUGCUCAAGGGGAGCCCAGAGGUGUUACCUGCAAUCUGGAGCUGACCACCUGUGAAGCCAGCUUGAGCAGUGUCGAGACACAGCAUGGAGGCCUGUUCAAGGUCUGCUACUGUGUUACCUACUUGGACACCAACGGAACGGAUACACUGCCCUGCACAGAGCCAUCAGAGUUCACAAGCUACGCCAGCAACCUCCAGGUGAAAGCCGGCUUUCCAUGCAAUGGCAAUCCAUCAGCAGGGGUGCCAGCACAGGAAGUGCUCAUCAACAGCGGCCAGUCCCUGCAAACCAACAGCAUUGCCCCCGAGCCCGACCAGAGCAGCUCCCAGAACAGGUUCCUACUCGGGGGCAUCAGAGAAAGUGGGGACUACAAGGUUUGCUACUGUUCCAGCGUCUUGUCCUGUUCGAAUCCCUACGACUUCGGCGGGGUGGCGGGGACCGUCAUGGUCUCUGGAGCUGACUCCACUCAAGUCAAGGCCUCAGCUCGAGGCGGAAAAGCAAAGCAGACACUCAAGGCUCAAGCCGCUUCAAGCCCCGAAACGUGGGAAGCUCAUGAGGUCUACGUGUGCAGACGCGGCUCCGAGUGUCUCAUUGAGCUGAGAGGGAACGAUCGGCUGAAGAUUGUUGCAGAGGGAAGCAACUGCGCAACAGAUUCGCCGACCUUCGGAUUCGGUGAUCGGCUCGGACUUGCUACCGCCUACCUGGAUGAGACGAACACCACCAGCAUCAAUGUUUUCAAUGUCGGCGUUGCAAAGGUGGGUACGCAAGAGGAAGGAUGCCUCCCAGAUGACGUGAACUGUGGCUACAAGCUCUGCUACUGCCCAGGCAUUGGCAACUGCACUCUCGGCUCGUCCUACACGCAUACUGCAGGUGCUUUACGGGUGACAGAGUCCAUCCGAGCGAUUGAGAUAGAUACCUCUUUCGCAGUGACCUCUCAUUCGAUUGGCUUGCUCGUGGACUCUUCCUAUGGAGGUGGUUUGAUCCGGUGCGUCAUCAAUGACGGGCCUGCGACGGAGUGGGGUUUGUAUCCUGACUCCAGCUUCUUCGCCUUCGGACCGGGCUCCGGUGACGUCGGCUGGGGAGCAUCACCUGGACAGGCCACAUCUGGGAAGAAUGCUUUGACCAUCCACCUGACCCAGUUUGUGGAGGCUGGGCAGGUCGUGAGAGUGUGGUGCUUCCUUUCCGAUUCGCCUGCUUACAUCUUCCCACCAGAUCUUGAAGGAGAACAGGUGGUGGUUCCACUCAGCAUGAAGACACCAAGAGCAGACUUCUUGCCGAGCAAGGGCUGGCACCAAAGCUUACACAGGCUUGACAACAUGGCCUCUUUGUACCUGAUUGCGGCUCGAAUGAUCUCGAAUGCUCAAGGUCAAUUGAACAUCCAGGAGUCACAGGACCCCCAUCGAGCCCUGUGCUACCACUGCACUGGAUGCCUUGCUGAUUUGCAGCAGGACAACUUCGGCAACCUGAUGCUGGAGACAGAAUAUCCAAUCCCGGUGAGGGAGACGCUUGAUAUCGGCCUGAUUCCUGUUUUGCAGACAGCAACCCUUUAUCGUGGUGCAAGAAACAGGAUUCAAGUGGAGAAGCAGACACCCAGCUCGGGCAACAUCAGCUGGAUUUCGGUCGAAGAAAGCCAGAGCUUAGGCGACAAUGUGAUCUUUGUCUAA